GAAGACGUUUCAUCAUUUCAUCGUUCACGCGAGGCCCGAGGUGCUCAGGUUGGGCGUCUGCGCGGACACCCUCCCACGAGAGAAGACCGAUUUCUUGAAGCUCAUUGGACCGACAUGCCGGUUUUUACAUCUCGAUAUGUGCGAACACGGCAAUGUUGCGGACGUCUUACUGUGGCUCGAGGAAUUGCCGCACCUUCUAAGUUCCAGCGAGCUGGUCUACUUUGCGUUGAUGGUCGACAACGUCCCCAGAGCUGUUCACUUUCGUGAUCGCGAAAUCCUCAUGCAGUUCGUCGCCGAUCUCAUGUCCCGAUGUAAAUGCCUCGAGGUCGUUGAGGUGCAUUGGCCCUCGGAGCCUGCGUUGGGACAUUCCUGGUGGAGGCGAGAGGAGCCGCAAUUGGUCGAAAUCGAGGAGGACGUGUUCGAAAUCAACGAGGACCUCGCGAUCGAAAUCAGCGAGGGCCUCGGAAAGGCUAUCAGGGCGCAACAUUGGCAUGAAGAUCCGCAGGACCAUCCUUUCGGCGCCAGGAUGGAGAAGCUAAUCACAUAGAGUCAUAAGCUUAAUACCUGUUUACUGGGGAUCGAUUGCAGAGUAAUACAUGGAAUUCACCAUCGUUAUCAAUGAAACUGUC